UCAUGACGGCUUCCAUGUGUUCCGUCAUCGUUCAAAAGCUACCAGGGCGCCACCGACAGCUAUAAAAAAAGAAACCAAAACUGACCCCUUCUUCAAUUGGCAGCAUCGGCGGUGGAACGCAGACACCUUCCAACACUUCUUUCUGGAAUUUUGCAGUGCAGCGUGGGGACCAUUCUUCGACACCCCGCACGCAUGAGUGCCGGCAUUCUCGACCUGACGCCGAAAGGCAUCGCCUAAUACCUUCGAAGAACACCUCUUCCCUUGCGAAACAAAACCCAGCGUGGCAAGAAGCUCGGCAGGGAGAACCUUCAUUCGAUUUCGGUGGGCCGCCAGUGGAGGACGACGUGAAGCGGGUGAAUGUAAGAGAUGGAUAUGGGGGAAGUAGGAGAAGGGAGGGGAGGGGGAGAGAGCGAGAUAGUCGGGCGGCGGCGGUGCACCGGCAAAAUGCCUCCGCGCCUUCAUUCCUGGCUCGGUGGCGCACCUGCCCUAGCCUCUCGUGACGUCACUCAUGACGACACAAGCGAUGCGACGUUCUUCUUGCCUCCCCGCGGCCACGACCAGGGCGGCACCCCGCGUCGGCGGCCGCAAACAUUGAUCGCAGUCUGCCGGCUGACACGCUCGGCCUCGGACGGAGGAGACGCUGUCGUCGUUCCUCUGCCUGAGCUUGGGCCUUCUCCGCAUAGCAGAGCCCGCCGACGAUCCCGCGCCUCCAGCUUCCGCGCGGCGACAGCGAGCAGUGCCGGCUGCAAUGCGAAGCGCCUGGGCGCGCGUCAUCGACGAAACGCGUGGUCUUCCGUUGCUGUCCUGAGCGCUGCACUUUUCUUGUUGUACAGGCUUGAGCACCUGCCUUGCGUCGCGCUACCGUCUGAAGCGCCAUCCCCACCGCGGGAAGUGAAGGUGCUGCUGGACGCGUGUGCUUGAUGCUACAACGUCUGCCCGUUCCCGGGUAAUUUCGUUCUUUCUUUUUCGUUUUAUUCUUGGCACCGCUUCACCGGGGCCACGGACUGUAAUUUUGUGAUCGGUGCUCAUCCGAGUGCUGCCGGAAGUGGCGCGUCGUGUUGGGCAAGCGUUCAAGGUGUCGUGGAGAUGUGAACACUCGAAAGAACUUCGAAAAGGAUCUGGAUUUACGUAACUGUUCCUCACCGGCUGGGGUGGCUCAUUGACGGACCACUGGGAUUACCGCCACCGUGAUGGCUCAGUGACUGCCGUCGUACUGUGCGAAACGUCCGAGUUACGUUGGUGACGGCGACCGUCUGCAAGCACGUUCCGUCUGCCAAACGUGGAUAACCUCCUCUUCUCAGACAGCCAUAAACGUGCUUAACUGUAACGUGCUGGCGAUUGCCCAUCAGCGCUCUGCGACACUCUCACAAGGAAUUCCUACUUCGUGGUUGUCAGCCAGUGCGUUGCGGCAUUAGAGCUUGGCUGCUUGCGUAUGUUACACGGCACCUUUGGCCUCUAUCUUUAGCUGGCAUCUAAUGCUUAGAGGGGCAGCAAAGCGCGGAACGUUUCUACUGAACAUUACGUGGUAGGUGGCGGAUAACGGGAGUUUCUCACGUUCUUGCAAGGUGGAAGUGCGAGCACGAUUGGAUAACACUAUGAGGCGUUCCUGGGUGCUCCUGGAGCCACUGUUGCUGUGCCUCGUCGUCGGGUUUGAAGUGAAGGGGACGCAGCUGACAGACACGACGGAGACAGCACCCACGGCAACCAAGGCAUCGCUAGUCCUGCCCGGACCAGGGAUGUCGGAGGCGACCCGCACAGAGCGCAGCUUUCGUUCGGCGGCCUCGCCGAGCAGUGCCGACGAGCGGCGUGCCGAGGCGACCUCGUCGGGAAGCCCGCCGUCCGCACUGCCUCCGCCAGGCAGCGCGUCGCUGGUCACGGCUGUGGGAGGCAGCGGCGAGCCUCCGUCCCGGCCGAGCGCGUACUGGGACGACCCCCACUUCAGGCCCCGCUUCGACAACAGCACCGAGCGGAACGUCACCGCGCAGCUGGGCAAGUCCGCCUUCCUGCACUGCCGGAUCCGACAGCUCGGCGACAGGACGGUGUCGUGGGUCCGGCAGCGUGACCUGCACAUCCUGACGGUGGGCACGUACACGUACACGUCGGACCAGCGGUUCCAUUCGAUCCACCUGGAAGGAUCCGAGGACUGGACGCUCGAGAUUCGCUACACGCAGAAGUGGGACGCCGGCGUCUACGAGUGCCAGGUCUCUACCGAGCCCAAAAUGAGCCUGAACAUCUCGCUGUCCGUAGUCGUGGCAAAGGCACGCAUACCGGAGGGCAGCAACCUGUACAUCCAGAGCGGCAACACCAUCAACCUGACGUGCGUGGUGACGGACACACGAACGCCGCCAGUGUACGUCUUCUGGUACCACGAUGACCGCAUGAUCAACUACGACUCGAGCCGUCGGGAGGGAAUUCGCGUCGUCACCGAACGGGGACCAGCCACCACCGUCUCCAGGCUCCAGGUUCUUGACGCAGCCACUCGGGACUCUGGCAACUACUCGUGCAUACCAUCUUACGCAGACCCUGCAAACAUCACUGUGCACGUGCUCAACGGCGAGAAGCCCGCGGCCAUGCAGCACGGACGCCAGGGCAACCUGGCCGAGCGGUCGCUGUCCUCGCUGCUCCUGGUGUCGGCGGUGCUGCUCCUACACCGGCUCUUCUCGCACUUCGUGGUGCACAGAUAGUGCGACGGACACCGGGACCUUCCUCGCGCCUCCACCAGGCCCCGCCCUCGGAAGAAGUCGAACCACCCUUGAAUCGCGUGUAACGUGCACAGACCAAAACGGCGCCGUCGUUCGUCGACUUGCUUCGCAUACCACCACCGGCUUUCGAGCCCGCGAGAAGACGACGCCGGACGGAGUCGCCACCGCGGGCGCGUCUUUCGCUGCGCGUUCGGCGGUUGCCGCCCAGUUUGGCGCAGCUGCGGCGCUGUCUUUAUUCGCUCCGAGGCGCCGCACACGAACUGUGCGUCAGGGGUCUAAGCAAGCGUGCUUGCGUGACAACUUCUUACCGUGACGGUGCAAAUAUCACGCUUGACGUGACGCACAAGAACGAGUAUAAAGGGCCGAGGUUUAGUCCCUGACGGAUGUGAACGAUGAAGACAAAAAAGAACCGAAUCUAGGGCACUGACCCUUAGUGGACUCGGCACCGGCGGGCGCCGCCGCCACCUCGAAUGUUCAGAAACAGGGCUCCUGUCGCCAUGUGGUCAGUCUGUUCGAGUGCUUCGUUCGUGUUUAUGCUAUACAGUUUACUUGCUAAUUGCGCGCAAGCGUUGCUGUUGGAUCUCAUCACUAGACACUCUUCGAACAGUCGCAAGAAGGAAAACCAAGAACACCUCGCCUAUCGAAUCUUCCGGCGAAUGUGGCCGCAAAAUCUGGUCGCGCUGCUCUCGUCACAACUCUUCGGGGAAGUGCCACCUAUCUGUCACUUCUGGCAAGGACCCGAGCGCGACGAUGCUGAGUUUUUCGAUAACAGUGGGGCGUUAACAUUCCUCGAGAAGGCCGAAGAACAGUUUUUUUUUACAAGUACUGUUUAUAUUUGGGUCGUGAAGUGCACGUUAACUACCACGGGGACCCAGGAUAUUUAGUUCCUUUCAGUGCGCAUGUUACGAGAAAAACAACGGCUUACAUGAGAACAUCCUUAAUUAUACGCAAAAAAAAGAGACACAACAAAGCCAAGCGUACUGCAGAAAGGUUUCUGGUGAUGUUACGAAACUAAAGCAGUCUACUUUUGUGGAAACUCGCAAACUUCGUACGCGUGGAUUUCUUGGCGAGUAUCAGCUAGAGAUGUCGUGUACCAUAUUCCCUGAUAAAGAUGAUGAGCAUCCUUUGAGAAUAGAAACGUGUAGAUUGAAUGGCCGAGGCAAAGUCACAGUACAGUUAACGAAACAGCACGCGACGUCUACCCUCCUCUCUGAGUAACAUGCGUUCUCUUGUCGGAAGAUGUAGUGAGGUAAGUGAGACCCCAUAAGGAAGGAUACCCUCCGAGUUUUCUGGAGUGUGGUGAGCCUAUACGUGACGUUUCAGCUUUAUGGUGUGUGUUUUCCAUGAACACUUUUCCGGAAGAACUUUGCCAUCGUUAACAUCGCCACUCAAGCGCAUUUAUUCAUCAGCUUAAGGCAUGUUCAACCACAAUAAUGAAUACAUGCACUCUAAGCACACCUGUCUCGAAACAAGCCUUUGUUGGGAGCUCAGUCUGCUCAAGGCUUUGUUUGUCGCUAAGGACCCUUUUCGCGGCAUUUUGUCCUUGCUUUUUGUUUUUGUCGAUGUAGAUUAUAUUUUGUAUCGGUUUGCAUCACUGUCUACGCCUUUCUUUGUUGCUGUUAGUUUAAUUUCUCGAACGAGAUUUAUGUUGUCUGUACUCCGCCGGACGAGUAUGUGUGGAGCUUCUGCUUGAUCCGAAACAUUCUAGUCACUAUGGCAGAAACAUUUUCGUUCAUCUCACCAGAGGUAUGUCAUUUUCAGAUGUUACAUGAUACGCUAUUUUAUCACAUCGUGAGCGUUUCUACGAAAGAAAGUGUAGCAAGAAAGUAGCUUGUCCACGACCAUCCCCUCUAGAGCAUAAAUGCAUUGUCUCCGUAUGGGCACACAACAGCAGACAGAUUUUAAAUCUGCCGACAAACAGAUCCUGCGUGUUCAAUGUCUGGCAGCGCGUAUGCAUUUCUGAGUAGUAAACGUGCUGUUAACUGUUCUGCAAUGUCGACGACACAUUGCAUCCGAAACAAUUUCUCAAAUCUAGCGGCUUAAGCUUAAAGGGCAACGAACGUAUCCCUCUUCAAACGACACACUUGCUUUAUCACAGGUUCCCCAACAGGAGCCAAACGAAACAAAAAUAAAUCAAUGUUGAGAGCCUUUAUUUCGCCAACCCAUGCAUCUAGCACGGCGGUGCACUUUUAGUUAAACGGCAACAGCUAGUUCCCCGCACUCCAGCUGAAGUAGGUAGCGCCUCGAUUUGUUCCAACAACUCCAGGGCGUGUCACAUAAUCUCAGAUCCUCGGAGUUUAUAAAAUAUAUACCACCAAAAGGCAUGUAAUGAAGCGCUAUCAGGAUGUAAGCACCAAAUAUUGGGAAGCGGUCAAAUGCGUUGUGGACUUUCCACCGCCAUCAGCGCUGUAAGCAGCGGUAAAUUUAUGUAGCUGAUAGGCCUCCAUGUUCAUGAUCUCGCAACUCUUACUCUCGUGCACACAACCCCCCGCGUUAGCUGAGAGGUCGCGGGUUCGAUCCCAAUCGCCACAUUCCGGUGGACGCUCACGCUUAGGCACACGCCUAAGAACCCCAGGUGGUUAAAAUGAAACCCGCGUCCCACAUUAUGGCGUAACUCAUAAUUAGAUCGUGGUUGUGGCAUGCAAAACGCCAAAGUCUAAUUUUAUUUUUGACCAGAACAUCUAGUGCUCACUUUUUGAUGUUCGUUAAUAACGAGACCGCGCCUCGCGGUCACAUGCCUGCGCGACAUCAGCCCGGCAAGAAGUAGCGUCAUGUUCAAAAACGCGUUCCUCAUGUACGCUAGGUGGCGGUUGCGCAUUAUCCAAACAAAAACCACUCAACAGAUCGCUAUUCUUGACGAGGGCCAUGUAGCAGAUUACUAUAACAAAUAGAGGUUGAUUAAAUUUCUCGUCCAAAACUACACUUUCAUGCACCCAUGUGCACCUUCCCUCCCUAUAACAGCAGCUUCGGCUUUCAAACACUUCGUGCUGUUGCACUCAUCGCUCCGUGAAUCUUGGCCACUCCGCCUUAACUUGCUUACUGAACUAGUCGCGCUCUCUGACUCAGAAAAAUGUUAGUCGUUCCGAAUCGGCAACCGAAAUUAAUCGCUACAGGAGUGUACACGCAGAGUUGUUGUAGACAAAACUCUGCUGAUAGUCACCCCAAAUUUGCGCUUGCCUUUUGUUCCCGAAAAAAAAAAAGUGCUCCUUCGUCGUUGAGCAGGCGGCUAUGCCGCACAGUGUUCCCGAAGUCACCACUCAAAGUGCACGAUGGGCGGCUGUGACGACGACUGCGCUGGCCGACCACGUGGGAGAGACACAGUGGUGCGGCCGUGCUUGUGGCGCCAUUGCUUUGGACGAAUCGAAGGCUGUCGUCGCAAAGGCGUCCGGUCACCUGUGUGAGUGUGCGUGCGUAAUUGUGUUGUCGCCACUGCAUCCCCUGUGCCACCUACUUCCUCCAAGAUGAGCGGCACCGCCGCGUCGGUUCAUUAAUUAGUCUGAAAGGGUGGAGCGCAAGAAGACAGCGGAAGCGAAGACACGCGCAAGCGAUGCAGCCCAAGUCGUGGACGAAUAAAAAGGGCAGCCUAGCGCAGGCAGCCAUUGUUUGAACA